AUGGUUCAACUUUACUAUCACGACAACAAAGAUACCGAGGAGAAUUUCACAGAUGACCACAAUUCUGGGAUACCUGUAUCAGUUGAAGAAUUGUCGGAAUUAGGUGUCAUCUACAAGCACGUUACAAGUCAAGAGGAACUAGAUGCAUUGGCCAAAGAGCGAGAAUACAAGAACAGAGACCAGGUCCAUUUGAACUUGGAAACUUUCAAAAACGAUGUUGAUGCUUAUAAUGCCAAAAUGAAGCAAUUUUAUACUGAACAUUAUCAUGAAGAUGAAGAAAUUAGAUAUAUUGUUGAGGGUGAGGGGUUCUUUGAUGUGAGAAACAAGGGCGAUAAAUGGAUCAGAGCCAAGUUAUCAAAGAAUGAUUUAUUGAUCUUACCUGAAGGAAUUUACCAUCGGUUCACUUUGACCAACAAGAGAGAAGUUACUGCUGUUAGGUUGUUCAAAGACGAACCCAAAUGGGAAGCCAUUAAUAGAGAGCAGUAA